AAUUAAAAUCAUUUACUAUCUCCUGCCAUAUAACCAAACCAAAUAAAUGCACCCAUAAAUAUUCAACCCUCAUUUCCCUUCUUCUCUUUCCUUUAUUCCUUCAUUGUUACUGGGCAAGAAACAGAAAACAAAGGAAUUACCAAAAAUAUAUGGAGAAACUGCAAAAAUAUUUGAGCCAAACACUAUGUUUAUUCAAGUAUUACAAAAUUUUGUUCCUUGGUUUAUUGUUUUUGACACAGUUUCCAACUUCAUGUUCAAGCCUUUCCUUUGAUUUUUAUGCACUAUCUUGUCCUACAGCUGAAUUAAUGGUGAAAAAUACAGUGAGAUCAGCUUCUUCUAUGGAUCCAACACUCCCUGGAAAACUUCUUCGUCUCCUUUUUCAUGAUUGCUUCGUUGAGGGUUGUGAUGCAUCUAUACUUUUAGAAGGCAAUAAUACAGAGAGAAGUGAUCCAGCAAACAGAUCAGUUGGAGGAUAUCCAGUAAUAGAAUCUGCCAAAAGGGUGUUGGAAUUCUUUUGCCCUGCUACUGUUUCUUGUGCUGAUAUUGUUGCAUUGGCUGCUAGAGAUGCUGUUGAAUUCGCUGGAGGGCCAAAUGUGCAAAUUCCAACAGGGAGAAGAGAUGGAAGGGUUAGUUUGGCUACAAAUGUGAGACCAAAUAUAGUGGACACAAGUUUCACAAUGGAUCAGAUGAUUAAUAUAUUUUCUGCUAAGGGAUUGUCUUUAGAUGACCUUGUUAUCCUAUCAGGCGCGCACACAAUAGGAUCAGCACAUUGCAAUGCUUUUAGUAAUCGUUUUCGAGUGGACUCAAAGGGCAAUUUCACUUUCAUUGAUAAUUCAUUAGACAGAGAAUAUGCAGCAGAGUUGACAAAACAGUGCCCAGCAGGGGCAGCAAGUUCCUCCAUUACUGUCAAGAAUGAUCCUGAAACACCUCAACUCUUUGACAAUCAAUAUUACAAGGAUUUAUUAGCCCAUAAGGGGCUUUUUCAGUCCGAUUCUGUUUUAUUUAGCGAUGGACGAACUAAGGAAAGAGUCCUGGAAUUCGCGAAUGAUCAGAAUGGAUUUUUUCGGAGUUGGAGUCAGUCUUUUGUCAGGCUUGCUAGUCUUGGAGUUAAGUCUGGGGAUGAUGGAGAGGUUAGAGCUUCUUGUUCGGUCGUUAAUUAAUGUGUAAUGAAGUGGAGUACGCAAAAUUUUAUAUAAAUGGUGUAAAAUUAUAGUGUUUCCAAUAGAUAUUUAUAUAGGCAGUGUAUGUCAGCUUAUUGUCAUAAUUCGGCUUGUAAUUAGGUUUGCUUUAGGAUUAAGUUGGGUUUAAAGCUUUAUUUUCUGUAUCAAAUUGAUAUUUACUUUGUAUUAUUUUCAAGAAACGUUGAUUUGUUAUAUCUAUUCAUGUUUUUAA